AUGCGGCUACCGCAACGCUUCAAGCGCGUACCGCAUCAGGAACCAGCAGAGGAUCAGGACAUUAUACUACCAGCAUACCCUUCGCAGCCCAAACUGGACGUCAAGGGAGAUGUGGAACUCUACCGCAAUGACGGAUUUGAGUCUGUGCGAGUCGACACAGAAUACAUAGCCGGAGCCCACGCAACCGAAGGAUACCAACUUCCCCACGGUAAGAGCUGGGUGGAAGUUCUAGAAGACCGUGAACUGCAUUACUUCGGGACACGCCUCAUCUCAGUCUUCUAUAACAAUGUUGUAUCAGGAUGGCGAGCUGGAUUGCUGCGUGCAUUUCUAGCUAGUCUGUUGGCCUUGAUUGCUAAUGUAUGCGUCUUUGCCUGGUUGGUCCGUCGGAACAACCCAGAAGAUGGCACUGGGACAAUACAUACAGCAGCUUGUGGCGCAAUCAGCACCUUGGAAACAGGCAUCAAGGUUGCCUUAAACGUCAUAUCAACAUUGAUCCUAGGCGCUUCUACAUACGCGAUGCAGGGCACGACAGCACCAACAAGAGAUGAGGUUCAAUCAGCCCACAAGAAAGGCAAGUGGCUCGAGAUAGGGACACAGAGCUGGAGGAAUCUGUCAUACGUAAGCAAAAGGCAUGCGACUAUAUGGAGUGUGCUAGCUUUUACCAGUUUACCUCUCCAUCUUGUGUUCAACGCCGUCUUCUUCACUACUACGGAGACUUAUCAAUAUGCGGUCGCCGUUGUUGAUCGGAGCUUUCAAAACAAUACUGCGUUCCAAGCCACACCAAACAACUCCUCGCCAGACCUUCGCUUCGGGAAGGAGCAAUUCCAUCCCUCAGAAUGCAUCAGGUAUUAUACUGAGGGCUUCACAUCAAGCUACAGUGAUAUUGUCGUGGUUUCCAACGCUUCGCAGCCCGAUAGCCCAGUCCUAUGGACACGAUAUCCGCAACGAAUCCUGACUCAGGAUAAGAAGACUACAAAUCACGACUCCUACCACUGGGUGUGCCACGAUAUUAUCAAGAACUCAAGCCAAGAAGUUUGUUCCAGGAAGAAAGCUCUCGAUUCUCUGAAGACGAAGCCGUGGACAGUAUACGGUCAUCCUGUUCACCACUGUCUUGUCCGCACUGCACCAGAUAGGUGUCGCUUACAGUACAACGUGUGGAUCAUGGGUGCAGUCGUUGUAUUCAGCACCAUCAAAGUCUUAGCCAUCGCAGCCUUGGUCUUCACUCACCCAGACGGAACGUUUCUCAGAACCAUAGGUGACGCGAUUGCUUCCUUCCUGGAAAAUCCGGAUCCGACCACAGAAAAUAUGUGUCUCGUCUCGUCCACUCAGGUUCGGAAGCAUGGGUUUGCAACAUCCGCCUCACCGCAAGCCCUCGCCAAACCGCGUGCCAAUACUGCAGAGUUCUUUUCGAUGGUAGGUGUCUCAGCAGCAUAUGUGGUAACACUCAGCGGUGUACUUGGCUGGGCCAUCUUCGAAACGAAAGGAGAUGCGUACGACACGGACCUUGGACGGCCUAGCAUACAACAACUUGCCAAUCUCAAGCCUGAUGAUACAGGCUCCUCAGUAAUUGUACCGACUCUUCUCACCGCCAAUAUUCCACAGCUAGGCUUCUCACUACUCUAUGUGUUCUACACAAAUAUCUGGGCGAAGCUACUUGUCGCACAUGAGUUCGAUCGAUUGACUACCUGUAGGAAGGGAUUAAGAGUCAGUGAGCGACCACGAGGUGAACAAAGAAUUAGUCACUUCUUUACGCUGCCAACAAGAUAUGCUCUCCCAAUUAUGUUUUGCAGUGCAGCCCUGCAUUGGCUUUGCUCGCGUAGCCUCUUUAUGGCAAGAUUCGAUGGAGUCAACGUCGAUGACGUUGUAGAUUCUGGCGACCAAAUUGUUAGGUUGGCGUACAGUAUCCCUGGUAUGACAGCGCUCGUUGCAGUUACCUUCGCUAUGGCAAUUAGCACGGUCUGUAUAGCUGGAUUUCGACGUCUUCGUACAGGGCUGGGAGAAAUUGCAAUGAGUGCAGUGAUUAGUGCGGCAUGCCAUGUGAAGCGACGGGAGGAUAAACCUUGGGAAAGGAAGGUGCAGUGGGGAGAUGUAGGCAACGAGGAAGUUGUAGAUGGCGAGAUCGUACGCCAUUGUGCGUUUACAUCUCUGGAUUCCAGGCCACCUACUGAGGGGUUUCUGUACCUCUAA